CACACGGGCGGCCAGGUCUGCGCUCCCCCUUCGUCUCGCUGCUGCCUCGCUCUUUAGCGGAAUUCUCAGCGGAGGCCCGGACUCAUGUCCGCCUUGCGAAAAGAAGGAACAUAGAUGGGCCCUCCUUAAGUGGAGGCAGGCAGCCGAGGCCGUGACCUCUGGGAGAGGAUGGUGACCCCCUGGCGCUUCUCUCUCAGGGUCUGCUUGGCGCACUUGAGAGGUUUUGCGCUCAGAAAGGAACUCGGCCUUCUGAGACCCUCUGAGGGCUGUCGCAAGGCUAGACUCUGUUGGCUUCUGCUUGGCACUUUGCCCAAACUCGUCUCCACCUAUGAGGACAUUGGCGAGGGGUCUCCGGAGAGCGUACGUCGGCAGAAGACCAGUUGGAGUGACCUGGCUGAAAAUGGGCCGCUGGAGAGAGUCCCUCCGGAGGGGCGGCUGGGCUGGCUCCUCCUGCACGUGCGCAUCUGGCUCAGAGCAGGGGCUCUCUUGGUGAAAUUCUUCCCCCUCCUCCUACUCUAUCCCCUCACCUACCUGGCUCCCAGUGUCUCCAGUCUCUGGCUCCACCUGCUUCUGAAAGCCACCGAGACCUCGGGCCCCACCUACAUCAAACUGGGCCAGUGGGCCAGCACCCGGCGGGAUCUCUUCUCAGAGGCGUUCUGCGCCCAGUUCUCCAGGCUGCACGUCCAGGUCUCGCCCCAUCCUUGGACUCACACCGAACACUUCCUGCGCCAGGCCUUUGGGGAGGACUGGGGGAGGGUCCUCUGCUUUGAGAAGCAGGAGCCAGUGGGUUCUGGCUGCGUGGCCCAAGUGUACAAAGCGCGUGCCAAUCCUUCCUUCCUGGAGAAGGACAGCAUCCAGAGACUGGCCACGGCCUCUAGACUGCAGCUCUCCUUGGAAACUGGGGCAGGUGGGGGGCUGGACGAGCUCCCUGGACGCCUGGGGAAGGCAGGGAGGCCUCAAGAGAGUCUUGCCGACCAGUCAUUUGUAGAAAGGCUGCUCUUCCCUAAGGCGGACCUGGUUGGAUCCAAUGCAUCCUUGUCUCAGGCUUCAGGGCCCACCGGUGAACAGGAGCCAGAUCACCUCGUCCCCGUGGCCGUGAAAGUGUUGCACCCUGGCCUGCUCGCUCAGGUGCAGAUGGACCUGCUGCUGAUGAAGAUGGGCAGCCGGGUCCUUGCACUUUUGCCAGGAAUCAAGUGGCUCAGCUUGCCUGAGAUCGUGGAGGAAUUUGAGAAGCUUAUGGUGCAACAGAUCGACCUGCGGUAUGAGGCUCGGAAUCUCGAACUCUUCCAGUGCAACUUCCUAAAUGUGAACUCCGUCAAGUUCCCCACGCCUCUGCGUCCCUUCGUCACCAAGGAUGUUCUGGUGGAGACAUACGAAGAGAGUGUGCCCGUGUCCAGUUACCAGCAUGCAGGGAUUCCCCUGGACGUGAAGAGGAAGAUUGCGCGGCUGGGGAUCAACAUGCUCCUGAAGAUGAUAUUUGUGGACAACUUCGUCCACGCGGACCUUCACCCUGGGAACAUCCUCGUCCAGGGCGCCGACGGUCUUGCUCAGGGCCCAGAGGCGCGGCUGCAGCAGGUGGACGUCUGCGAGGCGCUGGCGGUGGCCGUGUCGCCGGCCCGCUGCCCGCUGCGCCUGGUGCUGCUGGAUGCCGGCAUCGUGGCCGAGCUGCAGGCCGCCGACCUGAGGAACUUCCGGGCUGUCUUCAUGGCCGUGGCCAUGGGCCAGGGCCAAAGGGUGGCUGAGCUCAUCCUGCAUCACGCCCGGGCCAGCGAGUGCGAGGACGUGGAGGGAUUUAAGGCUGAGAUGGCCCGGCUGGUGACCCAGGCCAGGAAGAACACCAUCACCCUGGAAAAGCUUCAAGUUUCCAGCCUUCUUUCGAAUGUCUUUAAGUUGCUGAUGACUCACAAGGUAAAGCUUGAGAGCAACUUUGCCUCAAUCGUGUUUGCCAUCAUGGUGUUGGAGGGGCUUGGCCGCUCACUGGACCCUAAACUGGACAUCCUGGAGGCAGCAAAGCCCUUCCUCCUAAAAGAACUAGUGACCUCCCGCUGACAGCAGCAGAGGGGGCUUCAUCUCGGAACUGGAGGCCGCUCCCAACAGCCUCUUGUGUGGCAGCUUGGACAUUCUAGAACUGGGAUUAUGGAGGGCCUGCCACUGUGUUUCACCCUGGUUUGGUUUCAAGCAUCUGUUUCCAAAGGUCUGGGUUACCUGGGAAAGUAAAAGGAGGAAGGGUCCUGACAGCUCAGUCGUGGAAGCAGGGCUUGGUGUCAGAGAGACUGUUUCAGGGAAAACAUUCUCUGGAGGAGGAUGAAUAAACUUAGUUAUUUUGUU